CUGUGACCUCCUGUGCUUCGUCACUGGUGAACUUUUUGUGUCGUGACUGACUGGGGCACACACACACGGGCAGCGACAUUGUCUCACCCAUGACUGUCUCACCCAUGAACACGCAGCUUGUUUCGCCGAAAGCACGCAUUAAUCUCUACUAGACAUCUACUUAUGGACAGCGCAGUGGAGAAAGACGUGUAUAGGUCGUCGACGUCAAGUGUGGGCACACAGUGACAACUGCCGUGCACCGCGUGACCCCUCACUAAUGCGUCAAUCAACGGAUGCCGUCGGUCAGCCGACGAAGACACGCUCUCGAGCGUGUCGAUGUGCUGCUUGCUUAUGUGACAAUCAAAUCGCACACACAACAGCCAACGGACACGCAGAAAUGCAAGCGCUCGCCGUCGGCGUGCUGUUCUGUAUACUCACACAUGGGGCAAUCCACCAGAGGGGUGUUCCACUGUCCGAAGCACGUGUCGCAAAAGGCUGACAUCGACACAACAACACGACAUACACGGACGCAGAAACAGACAAGUGGUCGACACGUGGUGGUGGCUGACCCACCUAAGUGUUUGCAGAAGGAGUUGGGUUGGCUGCCCGACAGUCCAUCGUCUGACGAGCGUGUGGCCCUAUGUUUGCUGGCUGGCUCCGUCUCCCCUUAGCGGCCAGACCAUCGAUGAUCGCCUCACGCCGCGCUACCUGAGAGACACACCACCGACAGACCCGUCCAGCGGUGCAGACACGCCAUCACUCGACCACUGUGUGCGCGUGCGCGUCCGCACCUCCGCCUGCAGUCGACUCUUGUCCUCGGCGAGGCGGCUGCUCUCCCCCGUGGCCUCCCUCACCUCUUCCACGAGCUUCUCAUUCAUCCCCCUCUCCCUCUCUACGUCGCUCUCCAGCUCCUUCACCCGCCCAAUCAGCAU